AGCCUUCCCAAGCCAGUGAUGCCAGGAGACUCUACCCUACCCUACCCAAGCUGCAUCUCGGAGAAAGCGUCACCAUCCUUUCCUGAAAUGUUCCCAGAGCCUAAAUUAGGCACAGUCAAUGACACCUGUCUCAAAAAAAUACUCUUUUGGAAUGAUGACCAUUCCCAUAAGCACUUUGGGUUCGGAUUUGGGCACGAGCCUUUCCUCGUAGCCGGUUGUCGCGUUAACAUGUGCACCACCACAGGCGACAGGACUCGCUACCCCAUUGAGAAGGUAGAUGCGCUAGUGUGGCACUACAGGUCCAUAGACAGGUCCCUGCCGGAAUACAGGUCGCCUCACACCUAUAUAUUCUGGAUGAUGGAAUCACCCUCCUAUCUAUACGGUGACCUACGAGACUACCACAACGUCUUCAAUUGGACAUUCACUUACAGACUGGACUCUGACAUCCCUCAACCAUAUGACAGAGUGUUCCGUCGCCAUAAGCCACUACCAACAACGAAGAGGAACUAUGCAGAAGGGAAGACCAAGCUGGCGGCAUGGUUCGUAUCCCACUGCGACACUGAGUCUGGCAGAAACAGGCUGGUAAAGACUUUGCAGCGGAGGGUUACAGUGGACAUCUAUGGAAAUUGUGGAUCUCUCAAGUGCACGAAAACGACAGAGAGGAGUUGCUAUGAAAUGCUCAACAUGACCUAUAAAUUCUACCUCUCUUUUGAGAAUUCUCUGUGUCGAGAUUACAUAACUGAAAAGUUAUUCAACAUUUUGAGACUUGACGUGGUACCGGUGGUGUUUGGUUUGGGGAACUAUUCUGCGCAUGCGCCUCCUCAUUCCUACAUUGACGCCCUUAACUUCCCGUCAGUGAAUGCCCUGGCCGACUACCUCAUUUAUCUCCAUCACAAUGAUACUGCCUACAAUGAGUACUUUAGAUGGAAGAGGUUCCACCAGCAGUUUGACAAUUGGGCACUGGUGUCCCAGCAGUACUGUGCCCUUUGUGAGAUGCUUCACAGCGACGCCCCGGCUAAGAUCUAUAACUUACACAAAUGGUAUAUGGAGGAUGGUCAGUGCAAGACCCGAGACAGCCCUGACAUCUCUACUUUCAUAAACAAUGGACACAGAAAUACAUCAUUUUAUACCAAUUGGUGCAUUAUAGGUUAUGUUAUCCUGAAGCACUUACUCAAAUAAUUUCAGCGAAUAUGUAUGCAAACCACUUGCCAAAGCAAAAGAGUAAAGGAAAAAACUGAGCUCUUCAUACUUGUGCAUAAUAUUUUUUUUUUAAACGGGGAGAUUGUUUCAUUCACCGAAAAUGUUUUACCCCGUCUACAUUUUUACGGCCACCUUUGUUUAAACAUGGGCACUGUAACUGGUUGGAUAACGCCAUUGGUAUCCACGACCUCAAACACCUACUUGGAAUAAAUUGUAGACCAUGGUAGUAUGUGGCAAUCCACCAUGGAUCAGCAUGACCCAGAUCCGUCUACAUCUAUCACUAACUGAGGCGAGACGUACAUUCGCCUACAUUCCUGUGUCUGUGUGUGCGUCAAUAUUUAGGCAUGUGCGUUCACGUUUUUUUUUUUCGGUUUUUUUUUUUUUUUGUGUAUAUAUGAGUUCUUUAUAAAUUGCUCCCUCCUUAAAGGGGAGGAGCACGGGCCUCUGCCAAUAUGGCGGCCAGUAGCAGGGUGCCGACAGACCGAUCCUAUCAGCUGACAUCAGCCGAGCCGACCAAGUCGGUCUGUCGACAGGAAAUGGUGUGUCUCUGAUAUGUGAGUUCCUGCAUGUGUUUAUGUUCGUAUCUGCGUUCCUGUGCCUGUGUGUGGUGUAAAAGGCGCUGCGGUGAAGACAACAGCCACGUUAAAGCCCUACUGUUAUUUUGCUGUUUGGACUGCUACAUAGUACCGUAAUCAGUAUAUACUUGGUGUCAUACAGCACACAAGAGUUACAAAGACCUAGAAAGACAUCCUAAUAUAUCUAGAGGUGGUGGACUUAGUCUAAAAAGUCAGAUAAAAGGAAGUGACUAUCCUAACACCCCUCCUGAUUCGCCAGCCGUUUUAUGCGCAUGUGCAGUAAGCCCUAGCAACGCGUCCUUAGCAACGCGGCUUUAAAGCCUCUAUCUGACCCAAACAAUACAUUCCAAACAGUAAUAAUGGCUGCAUAUAAUGAUGCUGCUACAGUCAAGACUCUAACAACCAGUGAUAUUGAGAAAAUGAAGAAUGGUCAGCAUAAACAAGCUCUGGCUACGCUUAUAUCAAUCAGUUAGUGAGGACAUACACCGUGGGGCGCAUCGCCUCGCCCAUCCUACGGCGCCAAGCCCGGGGGUCCCUUCGGGCGAGUCUCCAUAUAGGCCCCCUUCCCAACCCGAGUACCUCCCGGCAGGAUCUAUCGACUUGCUCAAUCCAUGAACUCCGUGGGCGUCCCCUUGACCUCCUCCACUCAGGAUUGUCUCUUACAGAGACAACCCGAUGAGCAGGAUCAGCUUCAGGGUAACGUGCUACGUGCCCGUAUAACCGGAGUUGGCGUUGACGGACUAUGCAGGUAAUAUAUGCAGUGGAAUAGCGGAUCAUAAUAGUGCAGUGUGUGUGUGUGUGUGUGUGUGUGUGUGUGUGUGUGUGUGUGUGUGUGUGUGUGUGUGUCGUUCCAACGAUAUCCCAUGAUUCUGCGUAGACAUUUAUUAGCUAAGGCAUCAAUCCGCCUCUCCAAGUCCCCAUUUAGUGCUGAUGUCUCACAACCAUAGAGUAAGACAGGGAGCACAGGGGUCUCGACAACGCUAUAUACUCGAGUCCAUAACACCGUGGGCCAGACCGAUCCGCCGUAAGAUUUCCGGGUGAGACUCACCGUUGUUAUGAACUACGCUACCAAGAUACGUGAAACUUUCUGAGAUCUCACCGUCCUCGCCACACGAAUGAACAGACUGUACUGUUUCAUCUAGCAAGCCUCCAAACACCUCUACCUUGGUUUUGGCCCAGGAGACAUGAAAUCCCAAGGGCUUCGCCUUAUCGUGCAGUGCCUCGAGAGCCAUCACCAAAACCUCCAACGACUCCUCCAGGAUUACUGCAUCAUCGGCAAAAACAAGGUUAAUGACCAUGGUAUUGCCAAUGAAUGCUCCGCAAUGACUCUGGUCCACACCUCUGCCAAGUACCCAGUCCAUACAAGUGUUUCAAACCAAUGGGGCAAGGAUACACCCCUG